AUGGAGAAAAGGGAAAGAUACCUAGAUGUUCGUGUGUACUGCUCGGAUGACGACCUUGAGGUCACCGAGGAGGACAUCCCUGGGUUUUAUAAGCCAUAUUUAAUCCCAUUCCACCGUUGUCUCUGCCUGCUUCAGUAUCUGGAGCUUUCACACGGCUCGUUUGCUGCACUGGAAAGGUAUCUAGAUGCACAUGUGGAGUGCAGAGAAGACGAGCUUGAAGUCACCUAG